GAUACGGUAGCUGUAUUUGUUUCUCUUCAGAUCUCGUUAUGAAGUACGAGAACUAAUCAUGGAGAUCUGUGAAGAAGAUGAUCUGACACCGGUGGAUAGAGAAGAAGGAGAUCCUACGGACUCUGUCGAGCAGCAGCCGAUCAGAACGCCUGUCAGGACCCAUGUUGAUGUCCUUUUAGACAUCAGUGAAGAAAACCUCUUGAAAGAACUUGAGCCAUAUGAAUAUCAUUGUUACUCAAGCUGGGAAGACUCUGUCUGUGGUUGGGCCAGAGUGGCUCCGCUGAGCUGCAUAUAUGUGACUGAGAAGAAAUGCAAGAAACCAAAUAAUAAGGAGGCAGACGAUCCGACCUGUCUGUCUGCCGGCCAGACACGCUCUGAUGCAGGAAGCCCAGCCGGCAGUGAGACUCAUGUGGACGUGCAUAAACCGAACAAAUCCUCAUUGCUAAACCAACAGAAAGUGCUGUGGAGUCAAAUGGAUGCAUCAGCCCAGCAGUCCCACGCACCAGAGCAGACUGCCGUCAAUACCAUGCAGAGAAACAUGGAACACCUCUUGAUUGGAGAAAAGGAGGAAUUUGGAUUCCAACCAACUCAUUUGCAGCCUCAACAUUCCUCAUCAAUUUAUUCUUUGUUAGAUAACAGACCCGCUAAACAGCAGAAGUACAGCCAUCGACCCAGUGACACAGUGGUUCCAAUUACAAACUUCACGUUUUUGCCUCCGAUCAAGUCACCAGAGCUGAGUCCCAAGGUCCGCAGACAUCUCUGCAGAGGCAAGUCUUCAGAAAGGGAAAGCUUUGAAAAAAACUGUUUUACAUUGCACAAGAAGAACGGAAAAAGAGGAACAAGAGUGGACACUCUUGCUCAGUCAGAUCUUUACGCUCACAGUACAGAGCUGAGCUCCAGGUACCAGAGAAAUCAGUUCUUGUCUGCUAUUCGUGCUUCCAUCCCAAAGAGGUAUCAAGUACCUGUGUCUUCCAAACUUGAAACCGUGCACCGCACAAGCUACUCGAUGGGCAAGAGAAUCUCACAGGCAAUAGCACAACCGUAUAUACGCCCCAGCUGCCUGUUUUCCUAG